GUCGGGAUUGGAGUGGCCCUUCUUGUUCCCUCUUUUUUCAUUUUUGUUUUCGUCUGCAUCAAUCAUGUCGGGUGCUGUGGGCCGUGAGGCAGUCUUUCCGACUCGCCAGUCGUUGGGAUUGAUGAAGGGUAAACUAAAGGGUGCUGAGACUGGACACAGUUUGUUGAAGCGGAAGAGUGAGGCUUUGACCAAGCGUUUCCGGGAGAUCACUCGGCGCAUCGAUGAGGCCAAGCAGAAGAUGGGACGGGUCAUGCAAAUCGCCGCUUUCUCGCUUGCCGAAGUCAGCUAUGCGGUCGGAGGAGAUAUUGGCUACCAAAUUCAGGAGUCCGCCAAGCAGGCCCGGUUCCGUGUGAGGGCCAAGCAAGAGAACGUCUCUGGUGUCUUGCUCCCUCAUUUCGAGAGCUACACGGAGGAUGGAAUCAACGACUUUGGCUUGACGGGUCUCGGAAAGGGUGGUAUGCAGGUCCAGCGCUGUCGGGAGACCUAUGCCAGAGCGGUGGAAACACUAGUGGAGCUGGCUAGUCUACAGACUGCAUUCGUGAUUUUAGAUGAGGUUAUUAAGGUGGUGAACCGGAGAGUCAACGCCAUCGAGCACGUCAUCAUUCCCCGUACUGAAAACACCAUCAAAUACAUCAACUCGGAGCUGGAUGAGCUCGACAGAGAAGAGUUCUACCGCCUGAAGAAGGUUUCCGGUAAGAAGCAGCGCGACAACGCCGCUGCAGACGCAGAGAUCCUGGCUGCACGGCAGAAAGAAGCUGCCAGGCUGCAGGAAAGCGCAGAUGCUGAGAAGAAGGAAGAAGAGGCACCUGAAGCACCCGACGUCCUCGGAGAGCAAGAAGAUGCCGACGUGAUUUUCUAGGCGCCGUUCAGAUUCCCUUUCGCCCUGUAACUAGUACCUCCCUCACCUACACUUUCUAGCCUGGAGCAGUUCUUUUUUCGUCACUUCAUAUGCCUUACACUGUCAGAUAUCACACCGCCAGCCAAAUGAUUUACCUCAAAAGAGACAUCAG